GCGCUGACAGGGCUGUCGCACCACUUGACGGACAAGGCAUCUGAUAAUCCGCAAGGAACGACGCUAAGUCGCAGUACCAGCGCUGGAAACUUUUCGCGCUCCGGGAACGGCGGCUUGGCAAAUUAAGCUUCUGGGCUUCUGAACUUCUGCGCGCUCCUGGGCUUCUGGGCUUCUGAAGUUGUUCGCUCUCUGCGGCGCUUUAAAGGCCGCGUCGGUGCCCGCGAAGAGCAGUCCCCUAUCCAGCACCAUGUCCAAGCACGCACAGGAGACCAAGACGCCCGGCGAGUACGAAGAAGGCCCAGACGAGAUGGCGUACGGCGAAAAGGCGCUCGACGGCGCCUCCUCCGACGGCAGCUCCGACGACGAGACAGCCCACGGUGCGGCGCCCGGCGUGUCCAAGGUCGAGGCCUUCAACCGCGUCCUCUACAAGUCUGGCCGGUCGGGGAAGCUGCUGCUGUGGGCGCUGGCCGUGUCAAUCAUGAUCACCAUGUUCGUCUACGCCCUCGACCAGGGCAUCACCACGACUGUCUUCUCGGCCAUGGCCACGUCGACCUUUGGCCUGCACGAGAACCUGGCGGCGGUGUCGACUGCGAGCCAGAUCAUCCGUGCGAUCAGCAAGCCCUUCAUCGGCAAGAUGGCCGACAUCACCUCGCGGCCCACGACGUACUGCGUCGUCGUCUUUUUCUACGUCAUUGGCUUCGUUGUCGCAGCCAGCUCGAGCACGUUUGCCGCCUACGUCAUCGGCAUCUCCUUUACCGCCGUGGGCAAGUCCGGCCUGGACCUGCUGAGCGACAUUCUCGUGGGCGACCUGACGCCGCUCGAGUGGCGUGGCUUCUUUGGCUCGCUCCUCUCAACGCCAUUCAUCGUCACGGUGCCCAUCAACGGCUUCAUCGCCUCUGGCUUUGCGCCGGACCACUGGCGCUGGGGCCUGGGCAUGUUUGCCAUCAUGGUGCCCGUCCUCAUCAGCCCAGCCAUUGCCACGCUGUACGUCAUGCAGUGGCGCGGCAAGAAGAUGGGCAUGGUCAGCAUGGCCGGGUCCAAGAUGCAGCGCUCGGGCGACGAGGAUACAGGGCCCAAGACGGUGCGCAGCUGGCUCGCCCUGCUCUAUCGGGGUCUCAUCGAGAUCGACAUGGUUGGGCUUGUCCUCCUCGGUUUUGCCUUUGCGCUCAUUCUGCUGCCCUUCACGCUCGCCAAGGCCGCGUCGGGCGGCUGGUCGAACCCGAGCAUGAUCGCCAUGAUCGUCGUCGGCUUUGUCAUCCUCGUCGGCUUUGUCCUCUUCGAGUGCUUCGUUGCUCCAAAGCCGCUCAUGACGCGCCGGAUCCUGCGCAACCGCGCCUUCCUUGCCGCCGUCGUCAUCGACGUCUUCAACCAGAUGGCCAGCUCGGUGCGCAACACCUACUUUAGCUCCUACGUCUGGGUCAUCAAGCCCUGGACGACAUACCAGUGGACCAUCUUCCUGGGCAUCACAACCAUGGGCCUGAGCCUGCUGGGGCCCUUUGUGGGCCUCCUGCAGCGCAGCACGCACCGGUACAAGAACCUGAUGAUGUUUGGCGCCGUCGGCAAGCUCGUCGCCUACGGCCUCUUUGUCGACGCGGGCUCCAACACCAUGACGCAGAGCACGGCGCGCCUGACGGUGGCCCAGCUCCUCUUCUGCCUGGGCUCCUUUAGCGUCGUGGGCGCGCGCGUCGGCUCGCAGGCCUCGGUGCCGCACGAGGACAUGGCGACGGUCAUCUCGCUCCUCAGCCUCUGGUCCACCCUGGGCUCCUCGGUCGGCAGCGCCAUCUCGUCGGCGAUCUGGACAAACAUGAUGCUGGAGCGCAUGCAGCGCGAGCUGCCCACGGUGCCCCUGGCCACGCUCGAGAAGCUGUACGGGAGCAUCAUCAAGGUGCGCGCCGGCUACGCGUUUGACAGCCCCAUCCGCCAGGGCGUGAUCCGGGCGUAUGCGCAGACGAAUGGCAUCAUCGCCAUCACGGCCCUCUGCCUGGCUGCGAUCCCCGUCGUGGCGACGCUGUUCAUGCCCAACUACUACCUGGGCAAGCAGCAGAACGCCGUGACGAGCAAGGGCCUCGAUGGCGAGCACGUCGAGGUGCCCCGGCUCGAGGAGCACGCGGGCGAGCGCAAGUGGUACCACCGGCUGCGGGACGCCUACCGGCGAGAUGUGUGAUCUCCAUUGACUCCUUUCACUCCCACACUGUUCCUAGUGUUGUUCUCGGCAGUCGUUGAUGUAGAGCAUGCCCUCGAUGCUGGGCAUGCCCCCGAUGCUGGACAUGCCCUCAACGCAGGGCGGUAUGAAAUAAUACAUGACACUAGAUUCAUAGCG